AUGUCUUCUGGAAAUGAGCAUCGACCCCAGACCUUCACCAAACCAGCCCUUGGUGAGAAAGAAGCAGCUGAAUUGGUUGACAGAGUGUUUGGAUUGAAGGUGUCUUGGAUCAGGCCACUGCCCAGCUAUGAUGAUCAGAACUUCCAUGUGCAUGUCUCAAGGAAUGAUGCUGUGGCUGAGGGUGCUGAGGAGUAUGUCCUCAAAAUCACCAACUCAGAAGACAGCCAGGAGCCUGACCUCAUUGAAGUGCAGACCCGGGCCAUGAUGUUCCUCAGUGCUGAAGGCUUUCCUUCAGCUACUCCUUACCUCACAAAAGAUGGUAACAUCAUGUCUCUGGAGCUGGGAGAUGCUGGAUCAGAGCACAAGAAGUACAUGGUCAGGCUGCUGACUUACCUGCCAGGGACACCAGUGGCCAAGAUUGCUACGAACACUCAGAUUCUGUACGAGAUCGGUCGGUUAGCUGCCAGCAUGGACAAAGCACUUGCAGAGAAAUUCCAUCAUCCAUCAGUAAAAAGUCUGCAUCGAGGUCAGUUCAUCUGGAACCUGGCAAAUGUUCCUCUUCUGGAACAGUACAUUUAUGCCUUGGGUCAGGACAAACACCGUGCAGUUGUGGAACAAGUUAUCCAGCAGUUUAAAGGGGAAGUAAUACCCAAGUUGAGCAGUUUUCGAGCCUGUAUCAAUCAUGGCGAUUUUAACGACCACAACGUUCUGGUGGACUCCAGCUGUGCCUGCCCAGAGAACCCCCAGUACAGGGUGUCUGGCAUCCUGGACUUCAGCGACAUGAGUUACGGCUACUACGUGUUCGAGGUGGCCAUAGCCAUCAUGUACAUGAUGAUCGAGAGCACAGAGCCCCUGUCUGUGGGAGGGCACGUCCUGGCAGGGUUUGAGAGCGUGGUGCCACUCACCACCCAGGAGAGAGCUGCCCUCUUCCUCCUGGUGAGCGGCAGGUUCGCCCAGUCCCUCGUCAUCGCCGCCCACACCGCGCGGCUCUACCCCGACAACACCGAGUACCUCAUGAUCACGGCCAAGACUGGCUGGAAGCACCUGCUGGCCAUGUUUGAGGUGGGGCGAGAAGCUGUGGAGAAGAUGUGGUUUGAGACUGCCCGAGCGUACACACCUGCCCCGCGGGGCGAUGGCUGCUGA